CUUCCAGAGAAAAUUGACCUGGCGGGAGGCGCUGUUCGCCCCUAGCUGAGGGGCCCUCGCUCAGGGAAAAAACCCCAAACCGACCAAAAACCCGGAAAAAAACAAGAGGAGAAGAUGGAGGAAGCAGAAGAGGAUGACAUGACAUGCGGAGACUUGGGAAACGGGCUUGGGAGAAGACCGGGAGGCGUUUAUGAAGGGGAAAACCUACAGAAUUCCUAUUCAGUUAGAUCUAGGAAGGGAUCUGGAAAGAGUUGCGGUUGCCCCUUGUCAGCAAAGGCAGCAGAAGAAAGCGAUGCUGCAGCUCUUCCUGCUCCAAAACGAAACAGCUUUUACGACGGAUCACUCAAAAAACCUGCCUCUAGUUCCACACGGCAGAGUAGCUGUGAAUCUAAUACUGAAGUGUCAAAUGAAGAACUAAAGCAGCAGCUUCGGGAAGCUCUGGAGGAACUUGACAUUUUGAAAGUUGAGCUCGAAGCGUCUCAAAGACAACUUGAAGGAAAAGAUGAAGCCCUGAGAAUCCUGCAGAGCAUGGCAGUGUUUGAUAAAGCCACGAGCCAUACAAAAGCAAUGCUUCAGAAAACUGAGGAGGAAAAGAGGACUCUGGAGAAGGAAAUAAAUAUUUUGCAGUGGGAAAUUGAAUUUGAUCAGGACAGAUUGAAAAACAUAGAAGACACCUGGACAGAAAAAUAUGACAGGAUAUACUGUGAAAAUGCAGCUCUUAAGGAAGCAUUGAAACUGAGGACAGAAGAAGUUAAAACACUUAAAGCUGAAAAUGCAAUCCUGAACCAGCAGUGCUUGGAGUUCCUUGCAAUGCUAGAUGUGAAACAACAGAAAGUUUUUCAGGAGAGCAUGUUGUUGGACAAAAGUGACCUCACUGAUUUUACAGGUCUUGAACUGGCAGUGCUCGGAGCCUGCACCUGCAGCCCUGCUGAGGGGCAGCCCUGUCCCUGUGCCAAGGUGGCAGCUCUCACUCGGAAGCAGCUCCUUCAUCUCAAGCAGCAGAUGGAGGAUGUGAAGAAGAGCAAGGAAGAAGCGUAUAUCCUGGCGGACGCCUUCCGAAUGGCGUUUGAGCAGCAGCUGGGGCAGAGGCAGGAGCAGGUCCUGAGGCUGGCAGGAGCGCUGGGCGUGAAGAAGGAAAGCAGAUUUGCCAGCCGGCGGCGGCGGCGGGGCACUGAGGGCAGCGAGCCCAGCCUGGGGCGGCGGCUGUCCGGCCUGCUGCGGUCAGCGGGGGACGGCAGGAAGGUGCGGGAGCUGGACGAUGCCCAGGAGCUGCUGCGGGUGCUGAUAGAUCUGGUGAACGACAAGGAGGAGGCCCUGGCGCACCAGCGCAAGGUCAGCUACAUGCUGGCGCGGGCGGCGGAGCCCAGGACGGGGCAGGACGGGGCAGGACGGCGUUGGCUCGCGGCCCCGCGCCCCCAGGCCGGCCGUGCCCAGGCGGGAGCAGCCGUGGGGAUGCCGAGGCCGCGCUCCUGGCCCUCGGCGCUCGGCUGAGGGAUGGUGCCACGGCCAUGUGGAAAAGAAGGUUCUGGAAACACCAGGAGCUGUGUGUGGUGUGGUGGUGUCACCGCGGGGAUGAUGGCGCUGUGUGGGCCCUGGGGUGGGAGCGGCCGCGGGGCUGCCGAGGCCGCGCUCCUGGGCCUCAGCACUCGGCUGAGGGAUGGCGCUGCAGCCAUGUGGAAAAGAAUGUUCUGGAA